CUUCUCUGUACUUUGUCAAUGAAAAUUCAAGAGUAGGUUUUUCUUCCUUUUGCUCAAUCAAACAUUGUUUGCUCAUCUUCAUAAGGUCAGCUGAUGUUGGUGAAUUUGUGCUGUUUUUCUGCGAUCUCGAUUGGUGAAGUUGAGAAAAUUUGGAACAUUGGUGAAUAGGUGGGGAAUUUGUGUGAAGUUUUGUAGAGGUUUUUGGGUGUGUGAAAAGUGAAAAAUCUUUGAAUUUUUAAUUUUUUUUUGUUGGAUUGGAGUAUUUAUUUGAAUGAUUUCUGGUUGGAGUAGAGAUGGAAGGAAGGGGAUAGGUUUAGGGUUUGAUGGUGGAGUAGAAAUGAUGGAGGAAACUGAGCUUGAAGAAGGAGAGGCUUACAGUUAUGAUAAUUAUAAGAAGAAUGAUUCAACCAUUGACCCUGAUGUUUCUCUAUCUUACCUUGAUGAGAAACUUUACAAUGUUUUGGGACAUUUUCAAAGCGAUUUUGAAGGUGAAGUUUCAGCUGAGAAUCUGGGGUCGAGAUUUGGCGGGUAUGGUUCAUUUUUACCUACUUAUCAGAUUUCUCCUUCUUGGUCUCAUCCGAGGACUCCACAAGAGGCCAACAAAAAUAGCAGACAAGUAUCACCAAACAAUCUGCUCCCUGAGGGUGGUCGACAAACCACGUUAGGAUCUUCAAGCACUUCUCUGUCAGGAAGGUUUGCAGCAUCUUCUGCCCGUUCAGCAGCAGUAUCUGCACUUAUCCCCCCUCUCAAACGAGUUGAUUAGCUCGUACGUGUGUCUUAAGAUUAUGUGUUCUGCGAAAAUACAGCUUCUUGGAUGAAAACUAAGGAUCCCUACCUUUGCAUAUGAAUAAGUUGAACUUUUGGACUUAUGGUGGCAAAAUUGUGAAGAUGUUUGACAUCUUCUUCUUCUUUUUCUUUUUUAAUCUUAUUUCAAUGUAGUAACAACUUUUUAAUUUUAUAUUUGAAAAAGAAGAAGAAUAGGAAGAAAUAAUGUUUUAGCAAAGAAAUCUUUUUUUGAUGUUUUAGCAAAGAACCUUGUUGCAAAGAAAGUAUAUAAAGAAAUAAAGUGUAAAGGGU